AUACCGAAGCCACUGUGUGUUUAGGCGAGACGAGUGAAGCUCAUGGAAAAACGGAUGAGAGGUGCGACGCUCGAUGUAGCGGACUAUCACUAAACACCGGGAGUCUCGAAAAGUUGUCUGAAGGCGACCGAGGAGCGUGUAGCUUUAGGAAUUUCAGUCUUUGGAAAGACGACAACAGCCUAUUAAUAAACAAUGUUUGUUUAUUUAAUCAUUUACUAAUAACAUGAUAAGAAGCCGACGAGUAGCGCGCUAGGCAAAUGUAAACAAAUGAAUGGAGAUGCGUUAUACCUCCGGUUUGGUGUUGUCAAAUUGACUUGUUUAUUCAAGUGAUUUGUUUAUUCGUGGUAUAUUUAAUAGUUAGCUUUACAUUUAGGCAUUUCUUUAUUACUAAGGCGUUAAUAUGGCAGAGCACGAAAGUUUGGAGUUCGGAAAGGCGGACUUUGUUCUUCUGGACAAUGUGUCUUCGGAAGAGUUUAUGGGCAACCUCAAACUCAGGUUUGAAAAGGGUCGUAUCUACACUUACAUCGGAGAAGUGGUAGUGUCAGUUAACCCUUACCGUCCCAUGAACAUUUACGGACGGGACACCAUCGAGCAGUACAAAGGCAGAGAAUUGUACGAGCGACCGCCACAUCUUUUUGCCAUCGCUGAUGCUGCAUAUAAAGCCAUGAAGAGGAGGAACAAAGAUACUUGCAUUGUUAUCUCAGGGGAGAGCGGAGCUGGAAAAACGGAGGCUAGUAAAUAUAUUAUGCAAUAUAUUGCUGCUAUCACCAAUCCCAACCAAAGAGCAGAGGUGGAGAGGGUAAAAAACAUGCUGCUGAAGUCCAACUGCAUCCUGGAGGCUUUUGGGAAUGCCAAGACAAACCGCAAUGAUAACUCCAGUCGGUUCGGCAAGUACAUGGAUAUCAACUUUGAUUUUAAGGGAGACCCCAUUGGUGGCCAUAUCAACAACUACCUGCUUGAGAAGUCCCGAGUCAUUUUUCAGCAGGAAGGAGAGAGGAGUUUCCACUCUUUCUACCAGCUGGUGAAAGGAGCUCCAGAUGCUCAGCUGCGGUCCCUGCACAUUCAAAAAGACCCCGCAGCAUACACCUACAUAAAAGUUGGAGGCCAUAUAAAGUCGUCUAUAAAUGACAGUGCUGAUUUUAAAGCUGUCGCUGAUGCCAUGAAGGUCAUUGGAUUCACUACAGAGGAGAUUCAGACGGCCUACAAGAUCCUGGCUACCAUCUUGCAUCUGGGGAAUCUAAAGUUUGGAAGUGAUGGAGAUGUGACUCUGAUUGAGAACCCUAAGCUUGUGUCAGUUCUGGCGGAUUUGCUGUCCACCAAAGAUGAAAAUGUAGAAAAAGCUCUGCUCUAUCGCACUGUGGCCACCGGCCGUGAUGUCAUUGACAAACAGCACACUCAUCAAGAGGCCAGUUAUGGCCGUGAUGCUUUGGCCAAGGCCAUUUAUGAGCGGCUCUUCAGUUGGAUUGUGGGAAAAAUCAAUGACGUCAUUGAGGUGAAAAACUAUGAUGCCAAGGUUCAUGGGAAGAACACAGUCAUUGGUGUCCUGGACAUCUAUGGGUUUGAGAUCUUUCAGAAUAACAGCUUCGAGCAAUUCUGUAUAAACUACUGUAAUGAGAAACUACAGCAGCUCUUCAUUCAGCUGGUGUUAAAACAAGAGCAAGAAGAGUAUCAAAGAGAGGGCAUCCCCUGGAAACAUAUUGACUACUUCAACAAUCAGAUCAUCGUGGAUCUGGUGGAAGAGCAGCAUAAGGGAAUUUUUGCAGUCCUGGAUGAGGCAUGCAUGAAUGUGGGGAAGGUGACGGAUGAGAUGCUCCUGCAGGCUCUCAACGGAAAACUGGCAAAACAUGCCCACUACACCAGCCGCAAGCUUUCCCCCACGGACAAAAACCUGCAGUUUGACAGAGACUUCCGCAUCCGCCAUUAUGCCGGAGAUGUGGCUUAUUCUGUUGUAGGGUUUAUUGACAAGAACAAGGACACCUUGUUUCAGGAUUUCAAGAGGUUACUUUACAACAGCUCAAACCCUGUGCUGAAAGUCAUGUGGCCAGAGGGCAAGCUGAGGAUCACAGAGGUCACCAAACGACCCCUGACUGCUGCCACGCUCUUCAAAAACUCCAUGAUCUCUCUUGUGGAGAACUUGGCCAGCAAGGAGCCGUACUACGUGCGUUGCAUAAAGCCGAAUGAUGUUAAGUCACCGCUACUGUUUGAGCAUGAGCGCUGCAAGCACCAAGCGGAGUACCUGGGCCUCCUGGAGAACGUCCGGGUGCGACGAGCUGGUUUUGCUAACCGACAAAUCUACCCUCGGUUCCUUCAGAGGUAUAAGAUGAUCUCCGACAUCACAUGGCCCAACCAUGACCUGCCGUCUGAUAAAGAGGCUGUGAAACGUCUGUUGCAAAGUUGUGGAUUUGAACACGACGUGGCCUACGGCAAGACCAAAGUGUUCAUUCGCACCCCUCGAACCAUCUUCAGCCUUGAGGAGCAGAGGGCAGAGAAGGUGAAGAGGAUCAUCAUCUUUCUGCAGAAGGUGUGGCGUGGGACACUGGCCAGAAUGCAUUACCGUCACAUGCGGGCCGCCCUCAUCAUCAUCCGGGCAUACAGAAGAUACAAGGUUAAGUCAUACAUCCGCGAGGUCAACCGGCGCUUCAAAAAUGUCCGUGGCAUGAAGGAUCACGGCAAAAAUGUAAAGUGGCCCACACCGCCCAAGGUCUUGCGCAAGUUUGAGGAUGCAUUGAAGAACAUCUAUAACAGAUGGUUGGCCUGGACGCUCAUUAAAGACCUGUCUCCAGAGCAGUUGGUGCAGAUCAGGGCUAAAGUGGCCACAUUAGAGUGUCUGAAGGGGCAGAGAGCAGAUCUCGGACUGCAAAGAGCCUGGGAGGGCAACUACUUGAAAAAGGACAAUCCUGGGACAGCGUCUUCCUUUACACUUGUUUCCAGCGACCUGCAGAGGAAAGAUAAGUUCAUGAAGGUCCUCUUCUCCUGCAAUGUCCGCAAAAUCAAUCGCUUUAAUAAAGCAGAGGACCGAGCAUUGCUCAUUACUGAUCGCCACCUCUACAAAAUGGACCCUGUCAAGCAGUACAAGCCCAUGAAGAGCAUCCCACUCUAUAAUGUGACCGGAGUGAGCAUUUCCCCUGGGAAAGACCAGCUGGUUGUCUUCCACACCAAAGACAACCGGGACCUAAUCGUGUGCCUGCAGGGGAUGGUGCCAGCAGGGGACAGCCGCAUCGGAGAACUGGUUGGGAUCCUGCUCAGCCACUUCAAAAGUGAGAAGAGGAAGCUACAGGUGAACACUGUCAGCCCUAUCCACUGCAGUAUGAAUGGAAAGAAGUGCACUGUCGUUGUGGAAACCAAGAUCAACCAAUCACAGCCAGACUUCAGCAAGAGCCGAUCGGGAUACGUUCUCUCAGUGCAAGGCAACUAGAGGACCACGGAUCCCAGAACAACCCCUUUAAAAGGACAUUAACAGCAGAGUAUCUGUUUUGUUCAGACACUCCAAACUUUUGAGUUGAACCGUAGAAAAGAAGCCAUACAAAGGAAGCAUAUUUAAUUUAGAAAAAAAAUUUGUCCCUAAAUUCCAAACUUCAGUUUAGAUUUUUUUCAAGAUGACAAGGAGGUUGCGAUAUAUACCCUCAAAGAAGAUUUACCAAACUCUGCACUAUUUAUUUAUUAAACAUUACAACCAAAUGAAAGGCAAUCAUAAAUGUAAUAUUUAUGAGAAACAGGAAACCCAAGAUGUGAAAAUAUCUAAGUUGUGUUUUGAGGUUUUUCCUUCAGAGGGAAUUAGUUGGUUUUUGAUCAUUGCUUCAUAUGGGAUGAAGAAUAGCUCUGCUUGGGUCUCGAUAUAUUGCACAGAUCAUAAGCGGUCCUGCGGUUGCUGCUGAAUUUGAUCAGAUGUUAUUGAGCAGGAUGUGUUGAUCAUAUCCUUAAACUCAUGAACUGCUCACAGAGGAGCGUUAAACUCUCUCGUAAUUUAAACCAUUCUCUUUUUCUGCACAUAGCUGGUCAUUUAUAACACAUAAUGUAUACAGAAACUGUCAUAAUGGAUAUAGCUUAUAUAAUGUACUGUAUGCACUAUAUUUAUAAUGUAGGUAGGACGAGAGCUGUCAUUUAUACACAUAUUUCCUGAUCUUGAAGUAGACUCAUAGAGCUGGGGGUGAUAAGUUAUUUUCUAUUUCCAUUUUAUAAAUAAUAGACCCUGCCACCAAUAGUGGUCCCUUUAGUCCUUCACUCACUAUCACUAUAGCCAAAAAUAAUUUCUGUGAUGAUGAAGCUAUUGAAAAGAAGCUCUCUCAUGUUUACAAAGACCUAGUUUAAAGGUGUCGCCAUUUGACAUGAGCCAAAAAUGCAUUUGUUCCAUUAGGGUCCGUUUUUGCUUCUGUCAGCUAGUUCUAUCUAGUCAUAUUUCAAUAUUUUGUAAAUAUUAACACUGCAAACAGCAAGUUUUUAUAUUACAAACUUAGUGCAUCUAUGUGUGUAAAUGUGUUCAAAUAAGUGAGAAAGAGAGCGGUAUUGAUUCUUAGAACAAAAUCAACAGAGUUCUGAGUGGAAACUCCCAAGAUGUCUGACCCAGUUUGAAGCUUUCGUAACUCAUAAAGAAAGUGCCAAGCUGAAAACUGACUUCUGUUCUUCAUUCCUAAGGUGUUUGCAUAAAUCGUUUUUUCCAUAAUUGUUUCAUUGUUUUGUUCACGGCUUCUAGCAAGAGAUAUUUUUUUAUCAGUUAAUUAGGAUCGUUUCUGGUGGCCAAAAAUAUCACUAAGCUCCCAUCACUGCGUGAUUAAAAUGGGGGAAAGUGCAUUCGAUAGUGAGCUGUGGGCUACGACUACUGAUCCAUCCAAGUCAGACAGUCAGACUUUCACUUUCAGCAAGUGAUCGGUGAUGCAGCUCAGUCAUUGUGUUUUUAAAUAGCCUCGAGCUACAUGUGAAUGUUGAUCACAUAAUCUCCAAUUUGCUUCACAGAUCACGUCUGCUUCAAAUAGGUGCACACUCUCUCAUCUUCUUCCUCAGUCCCUGUACUCUCUCUUGACUAUUAGCCUGGAUUGGUAAAGUGUGUCAGUAAAAGAAUGCACAAAGUACACAUAGUACUUAAGGAAGGAAAUAAAGUGACGCUUUAAUCCAGUUUCUGCUGAACAAUUCUUAAAAGCAAGGAUGUGCAAUAAAUGGAAUUGUAGCAUUUUCUAAAGAUCUAUUUUCUUGAAUCAUACACUGAUUGUCAGUUCUCUGGACUUUUCAGUGGAAAAAUACUGACAGUGUGAGAAUGCGCUUUAACCUUGAUUAAAGGAGUUAUGUGAUUGUUCCGUUGCAUAAAAUCCAACCCAUUUUGUGGAGUGUUCUGGCAGAGCUAGUCAUACGAUAUAUGAUUAUUAUAUAAUACAAAAUAAUUUAUGUCUUUCUUGUCUUGAACCCCAGUGAUUCCUUUUAAGUGCCGAAUAAUUCCAGUUCCCAUGUAAAUUUGAUGUUCUUUGUUGUAAUCAUACCUGUUCAUCUUAGUUAAUAUUAGAGAUUUAGUCUUAUCUGAUCAAACAAUGUGCCUACUUUUAUACUUCUGUUAUUUAAUUAAUAUAUUUUAAAAUUAUGUUUUACAUUUUUAAAAGAUGUUGAACUUGCUUGGACCAAAUCAAAAAGGGAAUUCAGUUUAUAGUGUGUUUCUUUAAGAAGAGCUUUUUUCAUGUGCAUAUUAAUGCAAUAACCUGCAUUUGUGCGUUUAGUAAUGAAGAUUAUUAUAUGGAAAAAAUCUACACUUUUAAAUCAUUAUAUUGCAUAGACACCUUUUACUGUUUUGUUUAAUUUAGUUUUGUAUUAAUAAUCAAAUAAAUGCUAUACCAACUAUGUGCUCCUGAAAAUAAACAUGCCCUUGAAGUGUCUUUUUCCAAGGCAUUUGCUCCAUC